CAUCUUCUGUCUGUGACCUCCAACUCUCACUGGAGCGGUUCGCACCCAAGAGUAAAGCGGUUGGGACGAGGAUGAGCACAUCUAAAGGCCAUGGUUCUCAGCAGGACACCGAUGGAUUCGAAGGAAAUAUGUCCCUCAAAAUCUGGUGAACUCAGAGAUUAAAUAAACUAUCUGCUCUAAUGGACUGACCUUUGGUGGACAAACAUGGAACUGCACCCACUACAAACGAUUCAUCUUUCUCCAGAGGCUCAGAACCACAUCGCUGCUGUCCUCAGUCUGAAGGGAACACCAGCUCACUACAGGACCCUGCCGGACUCUACAGAACUAUGAAGAACUCUGCACCAAUCUACCAGACUCUACCGGACCCUACUGCACUCUAAGGAAUCUACCAGACUCUACAGAACCCAGUAGAACUAUACAGGGCUUUUUUGGACUUCCUGGAUCUCUCCAGGACUCUCGAGGAAUAUGGACUCUCAGCAGCAGCUCUAUCUCAGGAGAAAGAGGACUAAGAGAGAAUGGAGACCGCUAGAGGACCGGAGCUGCACCGACCUGCCCUGGCUCCUGCUCUUCACCGUCUUCUGCGUCGGCAUGGGCAGCAUCUGCAGCUUCACCAUCGUCACCGGCGGUGCCGCUCGCCUCGUGUUCGGAUACGACAGCUACGGCAACACAUGUGGGCACCGCAACGAGCUAAUCGAAGGCGUCCGGCUGAGCGGUCUGGAUCACACUGACAGAAAGUUCAUCUUUUUCUUAGAUCCAUGUAACGUGGACAUCGUCCAGAGGAAGAUCAAGUCCACGGCUCUGUGUGUGUCUCUGUGUCCCACCGAGGAACUGAAGACCUACCAGGACCUCAAGAGCUUCGCCAUGCUCAAUGGUUCAGAGUUGUGUUCCUACGAGUUAGCAGGUCAUAAAUAUCCGGAUCUACCCGAGAGGUUUUUUAAAUGUCCCAAACUUCCUGUCCCCCCCAGUAAGCCGCUGCCGGUGUUUAAUCGCUGUACUCCGGUGGAUAUUUCCUGCUAUGCUAAGUUUGCUGAGGCCGUAGUGACCUUUGUGAGUGAUAACAGCGUUCUCCACCGUCUGAUCGCCGGUGUUGCCGCCAGUAAAGAGAUCAUCAUUGGGCUGUGUGUUCUGGCUCUGGUCCUCUCCAUGAUCCUCAUGGUGAUAAUUCGUUACAUCUCAGCCGUCCUUGUGUGGAUCCUCACCGCGAUGGUCGUCCUCGGAUCCCUCGCGGGGACCAGCGUCCUCUGGUGGCUUUACAUCGACCACCGGCUGUACGGGAAUUACACCACCGAUCAGGUGAAGGAGGAGGCGGAGCUUAACAGCGAAAACGGCCAGGCACUGCUCGUCUACGCCGGUGCCGCCACCGGCUUCACUAUCAUCCUGCUGCUGUUGAUGCUGUUCAUGAGGAAACGAGUGGCUCUGACCAUCGCUCUGUUCCACGUGGCGGGAAAAGUCUUUAUCCACCUGCCCCUCCUCACCCUGCAGCCCUUCGUUACCUUCUUGGCUCUCCUGCUUUUCUGGAUAUACUGGAUCCUGGUCUUGCUCUUCCUGGGUACCAGCGGGAACUCCGUCCAGAAUGAGGAAACGGGUCUAACAGAGUUCAGACUGACGGGUCCUCUACAGUACCUGACCUGGUACCAUGCGGUGGGUCUGGUCUGGAUCACUGAGUUCAUCCUGGCCUGCCAGCAGAUGACGGUGGCUGGAGCUGUGGUCACCUACUACUUCACCAGGGACAAGAACCGGCUCCCGGUGACCCCGAUCCUGUCGUCUGUCCUGAGGCUGGUCAGGUAUCACCUGGGAACGGUUGCUAAGGGAGCCUUCAUCAUCACACUGGUCAAAAUCCCCCGACUCUUCCUCAUGUACAUCCACAACCAGCUGAAAGGAAAGGAGAACGCGUGUGCUCGCUGUCUUCUGAAAACUUGUAUCUGCUGUCUGUGGUGUUUGGAGAAGUGCCUCAACUAUCUCAAUCAGAAUGCAUAUGCAGCCACGGCGAUUAACAGCACCGGUUUCUGUACGUCUGCCCGCGACGCCUUCGUGAUCCUGGUGGAGAACGCUCUGCGGGUCGCCACCAUCAACGCUGUGGGAGACUUUGUGCUUUUCCUGGGGAAGGUCCUGAUCGUGACGUCGACGGCCUUUGCUGGCGUCCUUCUACUGAACUACCAGCGAGAUUACGCCGAGUGGUUGCUGCCUCUGAUCAUCGUGUGUCUCUUCUCCUUCCUGGUGGCUCACUGCUUUCUCUCCAUCUUUGAAAUUGUGGUGGAUGUCCUUUUCCUCUGCUUUGCUAUCGACACCAAGUACAAUGACGGCACUCCGGGGAAGGAGUUCUUCAUGGACAAAGCUCUGAUGGAGUUCGUGGAGAGCAGCCGGCGGUUCGGGCGGGCCGUGGAGCGUGGGCGAAGCCGGGUCAAAGAAGCAGUGUCAGAGGGGGCAGGGAGGAAGCCCAUGGCUCCGGGGAUGAGUUCAGCUUGACCAAAAUCAGCCAAUGGGACUUCUUAAAAAGACCAGAGACAUUCCAAAUGUUUAUUUUUAUCAACGUGUAACAUGUUUACUAUGGUUUCACUCCAGGGAAAAGAUAUUUUAAUACAAACUGUAAAAACGUAACAAUGUAAUGAAGCACUUUAUAUCAAAGCGCUGCAGAUUUGAAACCGACUGAUUUACUUUUUUAAAAACGUCUCAUCGAUCAAACUGCACCUGGACGGCGUGUUGGAUCAGGAGCGCUGUCAUCAGAGAGUCUGUGGACGGGCCGCUCUGACUGGCCCGUUCUCGGUAUGUAACGUCAUGGAAACGCAAUCUGACCCGAGGAGGAAUCUGAUUGGCUGAUGACAGUUCAGUGGCUUCAGAAUACAACAAACUAGCAACAUCCUGCAGGUGAAGGUCAUGUGACCAACUAGCCCACCUAAUACAAAUAGCCCGUUUAAUACAUGUGAUCAUGGUUUGGUUUCCGAUAAUCAUGGUGACAUCGAUGCGGCGUCUUCUUCUUCAUCUCGUACUCCAGCUCACGUGAACUCGACAUGAAGUCAGACAUUUCCUACUUUUCAAAUGUUACGUACAUUUCCAAAUCACUGCUGCGACGGCGUGAGAUCUCCACAUCACUUCCACCUGAGAGAGAACUUCUGUUAUAAAUAAGAAUGAUAAAGUUGAUUGAAUGGUGUAAAACUAAAGUGGAACUUCUUACCUUUCUAAAAAAAAUGGUUUGAAUAAUUUCCUGCAGCUUUGACUUUACAAUGGGAUGCUAACGGCAAUCAAUUAGCCCUUUUCUCCUGUAAACAUGCUGCUUUUCCUCAAACAAGCAGUUUUCUCUGUGAUGACUCCUGGUGGAUGAACGUAAGAAGCCUCUCGAGGGUCUGUUCAGGUGAUCCGCCGCCAUGACUGACAGAUUGUUGUGGUCAUCCGUCUCCAUCAACUUCAGAGAAGAAGAAGCAUGUGGGUGGAGCUUCCUGAGGAGUUUGGACAGUCAGCAAUAAAACAAACUGCAUCAUGUGACCAACAACAAAAACAAGUCUUCCUGCUUCAGUUUGCUCAUCAUUUCCACAUGUCGUCUCAGUCAGAAAGUGUGACAUCACUUGUUGUCCAACACGUCAGACAGGAAGUGUGUGACAUCACUUAUUGUUGGACAUGUCUGACAAAAGAGUUUAUCAUAGUUUCCAUUGGCUUAUAAUUUAAUUAAAUCAAAUAAAGUAAUAUACAGACUUUACUAAAUAUUACAAUGAAAUCCUAAAAGCUUCAGUAGAUUGUCUGUCAGAUUCAUUUAAUUAAUUACUAUUGAUCCUUUGCAGGCUUUAGUCUAGCAACAAUUAGAAUACUGAUUGGCAGAUGAUUGCUGUCAUUGUGUCUUAAUGUCUGUUUUAAAAUAUAAGGGUGUUAAACUGAAAAUUCUGCUUUCCAAACUAUUAACAUUUUUCUCAAGAUAACUAACUAACUUUUUGUCAUCUGAUCCUUUGGGGUUUUAGAAUAAUGUCAACAUGCACCUACCAACCAACACAAACGCAGCUGCUUUGGCUCCAGUUUGUGGUUGUCAUGGUUACUGUGGUCAACUUGUACAGGACCAGUUGCAUGUCCAUGUUUUUUUCAUUGUCACAAAGCGUCGGUGAAUAAUCUGCUGUUAGAUGGAAUUCUGUCUUCACACUCGUGUUGCGUUUCCUCUCCUUUGUAACAUUGAAGAACCAAUUAUUUUCUUCUGGGUGGACUUUUUUAUAUUCAUCAUUUGUUUUGUAAGAAGAAAUAAUAAAAUGGAAAACUGAA